CGUCCACCACAUCAAUUUUCCACGAUUGGUUGAUCUGCUUCUCCGACAUGUUGGUCUCGAUCUUUCCCUUUAACGGCCGAUGAAGAUCCUGUAGAGAUACAAGCGGAGUGAACGAGAGAGAGAGAGGAAGGGAGGGAGGGAGGGAGGGAGUCAGUGAGUGAGACCAUAAGGCAGUGUUUGGUAGGAGAUUUCUCAGAUGGGUCUGUUUGGAAAUUGUGAUUGUUGUGGAAGGUUGAAGAUUUGAGGGGUUUUGUGAUGAGAGCUAUUCCUUGCAGGGUUUUGUAAGGGUGGCUUUCUUGCGUCUGGAUUUGAUAUGGGUGGGUGUUUUCCUUGCUUUGGAUCAUCCAACAAGGAGGACAAAGGGUUGAAGGAAGUACCAGUCAAGAAGGAUUCCUUUAAAGAAGGCUCAAUUGUUGCCAAGUCUAACCACACAAAUAGGGUUAGCUCAGAUAAAUCAAAAUCAAAAAGUGGCUCUGAUCCUAAGAAGGAACCACCUGUUCCCAAGGAACCAACAGCCCAUAUUGCUGCACAAACAUUCACAUUUCGAGAGCUUGCAGCUGCUACAAAGAAUUUUAGGCCAGAAUGCUUAUUAGGUGAAGGAGGUUUUGGACGCGUCUACAAAGGUCGUCUGGAGAGCACAGGACAAGUAGUUGCUGUAAAACAGCUUGACCGCAAUGGCCUUCAAGGAAAUCGAGAAUUCUUGGUGGAGGUUCUUAUGCUCAGCCUCUUGCAUCAUCCCAAUCUUGUCAACUUAAUCGGUUAUUGUGCUGAUGGUGAUCAGAGGCUUCUUGUUUAUGAAUUUAUGCCACUGGGCUCCUUAGAGGAUCAUUUACAUGAUCUUCCUCCUGACAAGGAGCCUUUAGACUGGAACACAAGAAUGAAAAUUGCUGCUGGUGCUGCCAAGGGAUUGGAAUAUUUGCAUGACAAAGCAAACCCCCCUGUUAUUUAUAGAGACUUGAAGUCAUCCAACAUUCUCCUUGAUGAGGGUUAUCAUCCCAAGCUAUCUGAUUUUGGGCUUGCAAAGCUUGGUCCUGUCGGUGAUAAGACACAUGUGUCUACACGAGUAAUGGGAACAUAUGGCUACUGUGCUCCAGAGUAUGCCAUGACAGGCCAGCUAACUCUGAAAUCUGAUGUAUAUAGCUUUGGUGUUGUCUUUCUUGAACUUAUUACUGGGCGCAAAGCUAUCGACAAUACCCGUGCACCCGGAGAGCAUAAUCUUGUUGCCUGGGCACGUCCUCUUUUUAAAGACCGUAGGAAGUUUCCAAAAAUGGCUGAUCCCUUGCUUCAAGGGCGCUACCCAAUGCGAGGACUCUACCAAGCACUUGCAGUUGCAGCCAUGUGUUUGCAGGAACAAGCAGCUACAAGGCCUCUUAUUGGGGAUGUUGUGACUGCUCUUACAUACUUGGCGUCACAGACAUAUGACCCAAAUGCAGCUACUCAGAAUAAUAGAGGUGGUUCAUCAACCCCAAGGAGCAGGGAUGACCGAAGGAGCAUGGCCGAUGGCGUUAUGGAUAGCCCUGAUCGUGGGCGGAGUGGCUCCCCUUCCACUCACAAGAACUUGCCUGAUGUUCGGAGGAGAGAUGGUGGGGAUCCAAGUGUUGGGAAAGAAGUUGGCAGAAGUGAAACUGGGUCAGGAAGAAGAUGGGGAUUGGAUGAUGUAGAAAGGCUGGAAUCUCAGAGAGAUAGCCCUGUAAAUACUGGGAGAGCUAGGGAAACUCCGAGGAACCGUGACCUGGACAGAGAACGUGCAGUGGCAGAAGCGAAAGUAUGGGGUGAGAAUUGGAGAGAAAAGAAGAGGGCUAAUGCAAUGGGUAGCUUUGAUGCCACAAAUGAGUGAAUGCAGAAUUCAAAACACCAAUCCACUUCACUUUUCAUCUUGGAAUGGAGAGAUUUAAUUGAGUCGCAGGGAAAUUUGCAUAAAGGUGAUCCUCUAAUGUCUUGGUUUUCAUGUCUACCCAGGAACAAGCAAGCAUGAUUGUUGGUCGGUGUGAUUCUGGUAGGUGGUCAUUGUGGUGAAGAAUACAGAGUGGAGAUGAGUGAGAGAGUUGGGGGGAGAGAGAGUGUGGAUUGGGAAUUUGAAAUGUAAACAUGGUCAUCUAUGUAUGUACCAAGGAUUUGUAGGUUCAUGUUAGACAGAGUCGUCUAAUUUUUGCAGCCUCGUUUGGAGGGUGCUUGGUGGAUUUGGUGUGGGUGUCGUUGCUGGUACAUGUACUCGUACAGUAUCUGUUUAUGUCAAGAGUCUCAUGUUUUCAGCUUAUACAAAAAACAAAAAAAAAAAAAGGUAUAUUAUAUUAUUAUGUCAA